CUGCCCUCGGCGCUCCCUCUUUCACGCGCUCCCUCCCGCCUUCUUCCCAAGGGCGCCCUUCUUCUGCCCCCAGCUCACGUCUGAAUCCCUCGGCGCCCCCUUUCUCUUCUCCUAGCCCCUUCCCUACGUCCCCUGCCGCCGGGUAUUUCCUCUCUCCAGUCCCCCACCCCCGCACCGCCUGAUUCCGAGGGGCGGGAGCGCAUUGGGCUGCGCACGGGUGGGGGCGCCGCGCCAGCUUCGCGUAGCUGCUCUGACGCCGCUGCCGCCGCCGCCGCCGCCGCCGCCGCCGCCCUCCGCAGCCCAGCCCGCGCCCCGCGGCAGCUCCGCAGUGCACUAGCCACCACCGCCGCCGCCGCCGCUCCGCCAGACCUGCUGCCAGCUUGCCCGGUCCAGCCCUGAGAGAGCCUCGAACGCCAGCUGCGAGGGUCAUGAGCCAGAGAGCCCCGGGGCGGCGGGCGGAGAGCAAGCGGAGAUAGCGACUUUGCGCCCCCCAGCCCUCGCCGUCUUGCAUCGCGUUCCCCGCAUCCUCGGGUCCUUCUGUCCUUUCCGCUGUCCCCACCGCCGCCAUGGCCACCUUGCUCCGCAGCAAGCUGUCCAACGUGGCCACGUCCGUGUCCAACAAGUCCCAGGCCAAGAUGAGCGGCAUGUUCGCCAGGAUGGGUUUUCAGGCGGCCACGGAUGAGGAGGCGGUGGGCUUCGCGCAUUGCGACGACCUCGACUUUGAGCACCGCCAGGGCCUGCAGAUGGACAUCCUGAAAGCCGAGGGAGAGCCCUGCGGGGACGAGGGCCCUGAAGCGCCCGUCGAGGGAGACAUCCAUUAUCAGCGAGGCAGCGGAGCUCCUCUGCCGCCCUCCGGCUCCAAGGACCAGGUGGGAGGUGGUGGCGAGUUCGGGGGCCACGACAAGCCCAAAAUCACGGCGUGGGAGGCAGGCUGGAACGUGACCAACGCCAUCCAGGGCAUGUUCGUGCUGGGCCUACCCUACGCCAUCCUGCACGGCGGCUACCUGGGGUUGUUUCUCAUCAUCUUCGCCGCCGUUGUGUGCUGCUACACCGGCAAGAUCCUCAUCGCGUGCCUGUACGAGGAGAAUGAAGACGGCGAGGUGGUGCGCGUGCGGGACUCGUACGUGGCCAUAGCUAACGCCUGCUGCGCCCCGCGCUUCCCAACGCUGGGCGGCCGAGUGGUGAACGUAGCACAGAUCAUCGAGCUGGUGAUGACGUGCAUCCUGUACGUGGUGGUGAGUGGCAACCUCAUGUACAACAGCUUCCCGGGGCUGCCCGUGUCGCAGAAGUCCUGGUCCAUUAUCGCCACGGCCGUGCUGCUGCCUUGCGCCUUCCUUAAGAACCUCAAGGCCGUGUCCAAGUUCAGUCUGCUGUGCACUCUGGCCCACUUCGUCAUCAAUAUCCUGGUCAUAGCCUACUGUCUAUCGCGGGCGCGCGACUGGGCCUGGGAGAAGGUCAAGUUCUACAUCGACGUCAAGAAGUUCCCCAUCUCCAUUGGCAUCAUCGUGUUCAGCUACACGUCUCAGAUCUUCCUGCCUUCGCUGGAGGGCAAUAUGCAGCAGCCCAGCGAGUUCCACUGCAUGAUGAACUGGACGCACAUCGCAGCCUGCGUGCUCAAGGGCCUCUUCGCGCUCGUCGCCUACCUCACCUGGGCCGACGAGACCAAGGAGGUCAUCACGGAUAACCUGCCCGGCUCCAUCCGCGCCGUGGUCAACAUCUUUCUGGUGGCCAAGGCGCUGUUGUCCUAUCCUCUGCCAUUCUUUGCCGCUGUCGAGGUGCUGGAGAAGUCGCUCUUCCAGGAAGGCAGCCGCGCCUUUUUCCCGGCCUGCUACGGCGGCGACGGGCGCCUGAAGUCCUGGGGGCUGACGCUGCGCUGCGCGCUCGUCGUCUUCACGCUGCUCAUGGCCAUUUAUGUGCCGCACUUCGCGCUGCUCAUGGGCCUCACCGGCAGCCUCACGGGCGCCGGCCUCUGUUUCUUGCUGCCCAGCCUCUUUCACCUGCGCCUGCUCUGGCGCAAGCUGCUGUGGCACCAAGUCUUCUUCGACGUCGCCAUCUUCGUCAUCGGCGGCAUCUGCAGCGUGUCCGGCUUCGUGCACUCCCUCGAGGGCCUCAUCGAGGCCUACCGAACCAACGCGGAGGACUAGGGCUCAAGGGCGAGCCCCCGCCGCGCUUCUGCGCUCUCUCCCUUCUCCCCUCACCCCGCCCCCACCAGCCCAGUGCGCCCUGCCGCCGCGCUUGGGAAGCCAAGCUUUAAACAUCUCUGGUUCCUAGUUUCUGAUUAUUCGGGGAUGGGGGGGAUGGGAGGGGAUAGGGAUUCACGAUCCAUCGCGUCUGCGUUUCUGUUGUCCUUUCUUUUCCACAACACCCUGGUUUUGGGGGGAGGCGGGGUGCAUUUGCGGGCAGGGUUCUCUGUCCUUCCAAGUGGGGCCCCGACACUUUGGUUCCAGUCAUCGAGGGGGUUGGGAAGGGAGGGAGAGGGGGCGCAGCUCGCAGGCGUGGCAAUUUGACCUUGGGGGAAUAUUUCACAUCCAUCCAGAGCUCGGAAUCUACAGCGUCCAGCCAUUUCCAGCAAGAGCGCUUCCCAUUCCGGAGACGUUUCAACCCUGCAGCGGGAAAGGCUGACUGGGAAAUCCAUUUUGGGUGGGCGAUUUCCUUCAACGAAGCCGGGAGGCGAGAAGCCGCGGCGGGGCCAGCUUGCCUGCCGGUUUUCAGGAAUCUAAACUCUCAUCUUGUGCAAUUUAUCAGGUGUGGAACUGUUCUACUGUGCGUGUGGUGUGCUCGUGGUGAAUAAGAUGAAAUGUAUAUCAGAAAAAAAAUCUAUCUCUAAUUUAGAGUGCGGUACAUAAUUAUAUCCGCAAAUAAAGAAGAGACAAAGGCU